GAACCUCUGAGAUCUGCAGCAGAGAUCCAGGAUGGCCGGAAACUGCACAGAUCACCAGAAACACCUGGGGAUGCCCGUCCCCACCCACGGCGCCCUGCAGCAGCAGCGCCCGUUCCCUACUGUGGACGUUCCUGCGCAUGCCCAUUACAUCAUCGGCUGUGUGAUCCUGUUGGUGGGAGUGACGGGCACGCUGGGGAACGCUCUGGUCAUCUACGUGUUCUGUCGUAGCAAGACGCUGCGGACACCCAGCAACCUGCUGGUGGUCAACCUGGCGCUGGCGGACUUGCUGAUGUCAGUGACGCAAUCUCCGGUCUUCUUCGUGGCCAGCCUGCACCGCCGCUGGGUGUUCGGAGAGUUUGCCUGCGAGCUCUAUGCCUUCUGCGGCGCUCUGUUCGGCAUCGCGUCCAUGAUGACGCUCACGGCCAUUGCCGGGGACCGCUGCCUGGCCAUCACGCGGCCGCUGGCGCUGCUGGGCGCCGUGAGCCGCCAGCGGCUCUCCUUGGUGGCCGUGGGGCUGUGGGUGUACUCGCUGGGCUGGAGUCUGCCGCCGUUCUUUGGGUGGAGUGCCUACGUCCCUGAAGGUCUACAGACGUCCUGCAGCUGGGAUUACAUGAGCUUCACGGUCACGGUGCGCACCUACACCGUCCUGCUCUUCGCCUUCGUCUUCUUCAUCCCCCUGGCCGUCAUCGGCUCCUGUUACCUGGCCAUCUUCAGGGCCGUGCGACGGGCGGCUCAGGAGGUGAAGAGGCUGAGCAGUGGCGAGACCACCAAGGCGUAUGAACGGCUGCGCGGCGAGUGGCGGAUGGCCCGAGUGGCUCUGGGAGUCAUUCUGCUCUUCGUCGUGUCCUGGUCGCCGUACUCCGCCGUCGCCCUGACCGCCACCGCUGGCUACGCCCACCUGCUGACCCCCUACAUGAACUCGGUACCUGCAAUCAUCGCCAAGGCCUCCGCCAUCCACAACCCCAUCAUCUACGCCAUCACACAUCCAAAGUAUCGUGCCGCCAUUGGUCGACACUUCCCGCUGCUGCGUGCUGUGCUGCGGCUGCAUGAAAAGGACCUUCACUCCCCGUUCAGCUCCAGCACCGCCUCGUCUCGCCGCACCACGCUCAGCGGUUCGCCAGGGGUCCGGCUGGGCGCUGGGGUCCGCUGGCCGCAGAGCCGGCUGUCCUCAGCUUCUGACAGCGACUCCUGCUGGACGGAAAGCGAAGCUGACGGCUCCAGCGCCGCAUCAACAGCCAUCAACCGCCGGACAUCCACCCAGGUGUCAGCUGAGCCGUCUGACCCCGCCCACAUGAGCCAUCGGGUUGGGUCUAGACCGACAGACAGCGACUCACCUGAAGGGGGCGCUGCCAUGGCGGCAAAACUUCUGCUGGCUACAAUAUAAUGGCACCACCCCUUUAAGUCAUAGCCCCGCCCCCUGUGGCCAGAGUCAUAGCUCCGCCCCUCUUCAACGCCAUGUUUCUAGCCUCUUUUUGUUUGAUUUAAAUAUAUUAAUAAAGACAACACCUGGUGGCAUUUCA